AUGUUGACUGUCAUGUGUGAGAACUACAAUGCUUUGCAAAACCAUUUGGCUGAUUAUAUAAGCAAGAAUCUGACACCAUCAAAUAGCGCCACCAACAACAACCCCAAGAAACGGAAAUCGGAAAACCAUAUGAACCAAAUCAUCAACAAUGAGAUAGGGAGCUCCGAAAGCGGUUCAAGCGAUGAAGAUUCUUGUAAGAAACCUAGACAAGAACAAACCUUAAGGCCAAGAUUUCUAGGAAUGGAUAUCAAUGGAGGAAAUAUGGACAAAAAGGUUACAAGAGACAACCCUUCUCCUAAAGCGUAUUUCAAUUGCACUCAUGCUCCAACCUGCCCAGUCAAAAAGAAGGUUCAAAAAAGUGUCGAGGAUCAGUCAAUCUUGGUAACAACUUAUGAAGGAGAACACAACUAUACAAACCAAGCUAAAAACGAGCAAGGGGGUUCAUGUUUGAACUGA